AUGACGCGCGUCUCCCGCGACUCCUGUCCACUGGGUGCUCCACGUGGCUCCGGCGCUGUGAUCGCGAUGGAGGGGCCGGCGGCGGCAAAGGCGCCGCCGCCGCCGCCGCAGAAGCGCUUCUAUCGGCAGAGAGCGCAUUCCAACCCGCUGGCGGAUCACACGCUGCGCUAGUGAGUGCGGGCGGGAUAGGGAAGCAGCAACAACCCCGCGAUCGCCCCGCUUCCGGGCUCCCGCCCUCGCCGCCCGUUUCCGUAGGCUCCCCACGGGCUCACAGAGACGUCUGUCCGCUUUGCCAGGCGCACCCCGAUUUUACGGUGCUGACGUGUUUUGCUGUUGAAUUCCAUUCUGAGUGAGCCUCCAGUGUCGAAAUUCGCACCUCUCGCCCCUUGACUCAGGGAAUAUGGACCCCAUAGUGAGUCACACCGCGCAUUGGUCUGUUCGGGCCGGUGUUGUCUCUUAUGAAUGGCAGAGGAACCUCUGUGGCAACCGGAGUUGCUUUCGUGGGAGGGGAUAAGGAACCUGGGGGGUUUCUGCAUGCAAAACAUGGGCCACUGGUCUGGCUUACCUGCUUCUUGGGCACACGUUUUGGUGAUCUCUAAUUUCUUUUCUCUUUUUUAUAAUAAUUUUUUAUUAAUUUUAACAUAUUAAUUAUCAUUCAUACAACCAAACUUGACUUCUUAUACAGUCUUUUUGGACUUCCAUCAGCACCUCUGAUGAUCCUCCAUUCUUAUCACUUAUUCUGCAUUUCUUAGGUUCAUAUUGCCUUUAAUUAUCUUAACUAACAGUCCUCCUCAUUACCUUUUUUGCAAUAUUUCAAAUAGUUCACCUUACAAAACUUCUUGCAAACCUACAAGCGUAAUCUGAUCAUCACAAUUACUUUUCUAAUAGUCUGUAAAAUUACACCAGUUCUGUGAAUCGCUGGUCCUGCAGGUUUCAAAUUCUUCCUGUUAAUUUGUCUAAUUCUGCAUAGUCCCUCAGUUUCAUCCUCCAUUCCUCUUUUGUCGGUAAUUCUUCUUGCUUCCAAUUUUGUGCCAAUAAUAUUCUUGCUGCCGUCAUUGCAUAUAAAAGUAAUUUACAAGGUGAUCUCUAAUUUCUAGGGAUUCUAACCUUCCAGAUGUUGUUGGACUCCCGUCAGCCACAGCCAGCAAUAUCUUGGGGGGUGGGGGUGGGGCUCUAGUUCCCCAUCCCUGCUCUAGAGUUUAUAUUCAUCAGUGACAAACUGUCUUGGCGCACCCCUCUUCAUGGUGAACUGUGAGAUGAGGGCACUGCAGUCCUACAUACAUGUUUGCUCAAAAGCAAGCCCCAUUGAAUUCAGCUGUAAUGGUUCUAACUCUGCUUAAAAACAAGGCUCCUUGAUAUCAGUGGCCUGCCUGGCACAUAACGCUUCACUAUUGUUCUUCAGCAAACUGCAACUUGUCCUACAAACUGUGGUUUGUUUCUCCCAAGUUUGUCCUGUUUUGUCUUGUGUCUUUUUAAUUUGGUGAGCAUCUGGGGUGGGUUGGCCAACCAAACUAUGGACAAGGAAGAGUGCUGUGUUCACACCUAAUGCCAGGCCACAGUUAAAACAAGCUAAGGUGUGUAAGCCAACAUCAAUCCGUCACUUCAGACCAUGGUUUGAUUUGGGAGUAGACAAACCAUAGUUAAGCUGCCGGGCAAGGUUUGCAAGUAAACCUAAAGCAUGAUUUAUGUAACUUUAGUUUAAUAAGCUAUGGCUUUAUGUUAUAUGGGAACCAGACCAAUGGGACUUGCUUCCAAGUAAGGAUACCUAAAGCUGCAAUCUCAUGCACGCUUGUUUGGGCAUAUUGACAAUUGAAUGAAAGGGAGCUUCUCUGUGUACGUGUGCAUAUGACUGAGGCAGCAUAUAUUGCAGUCUGCAGCUUAGUUAUGUAAGGUGAGCGUCAUUGCAUUCAGUGGGACUUGCUCACAAGUUAAGCGUGCCUUAAUACAAUUCAUGUACAAAGCAAUUUCCAGUGACAGUAAUUUCCAGUGACAUCAAUGGAACUUGCUUCCAAAUAAUUGUGGUUAGAAUUUGACUGUAGUCCCCUAAAUUUUAUUGUCUGGAUCUCCCGCACUUCUUCCAGAUGGACAAAUUGCCAUUUUCCUUGUUUAUGACAUAAGUCUUUGGAAUGUUUCCGGAGAUGCAAAUCAUGGGAAUAUUUCUCUGUGUCAACAUGAUAUGAUGCAUGCCAGCCCUGACUUCUUGCCCAAUUCAGUUUCUGAAACCUGUAAUAAAUUGUGUCCCACAGAAGUUGUUCCUCAUGGUUGCCUCUUGGGAAAACAGCCAUUGUUGCUUCAUACCAAAAUACUAGGUUUAUAAUCUGAUAACUGUAGCAUAUAACAACAAUGCAGUUUGCAUACACACCAUACAUUUAAAGUACAUUGCUCCCCCUCAAAGAAACUUGGGAAUUGUAGUUUAUACCUCACAGAGUUACAAUUCCCAGCACCCUAAACAAACUAUAAUUCUCUCUCUCUCUUUCUCUCUCUCUCUCUCUCUCUCUCUAUUUGGGGGGGGGGUGUUGAUCGUGUACUUUAAAUGUAUGGUGUGUCUGCAAUCUCCAUUUCCCGCUUUUUCUGUCACCCCUUUGUUUGUGUAAUUACCGUAUUUUUCGCCCUAUAGGACGCACUUUUUCCCCUCCAAAAAUGAAGGGGAAAUGUGUGGUGCGCACCGACCCCUCUCGCUCUCCAGGCUUCAGGAAGCUAUCCGCAAGCCUUGGGAGCCCGCGGGAGUUCUCGCUGGGCUCCCAAGGCUUGCGGACAGCAGCCUGCAGCCCGAAACCCGGGGAGUGCAGCAGAGCACGCCCCGGGCUUCGGGCAGAUAUCCCAAGGCUUGCGGAUAGCAGCCUGUUCUGGGGGUUGGGGUCGGGGGAAGCUCGGACUUCCCCCACCUCAGCCCCACGCCUGGGGGGGAGAAAUAAUUUUUUUUCUUUAUCCCCCCCCCAAAAAAAACUAGGUGCGCCCUAUGGGCUGGUGCGCCCUAUAGGGCGAAAAAUACGGCACCUUGCCUGGUGCAGAUUUCUGGAGAUGGCUUGCUGCUAUUUUGUGACAUUUUAGUUGGUCUUAAUAAAUGAAUUGCCCAACUGCAAGGUUUUUUGCCUCAUAUGUACCAAUACAUAUUACCUUGGGUGGUGGUUUUUCUAGGGUCAACGCAUAAUUACUGUUCUUCACUCUUACUUCAUGAAGUCCUCCUGUUUCUUUCCUGAUAGUCCUGCCAAGCCUGAAGAAAUGGACUGGUCAGAGAUCUACCCGGAAUUUUUUGCCCCUUUAACUGCAGACAAUCAACACGAUGACCUGAAGGAUGCAGAAGACAGAACUAAGCCUGCGUCUCAAGUAGAGUUUGCUGAUAUCGGCUGCGGUUAUGGGGGCUUGCUUGGUAAUUUCUCCCCAAUGAGAGUUAGCUGAUGGUUAAGGUUGUCUCUACGGGUUAAAGGUAAAGGUAAAGGGACCCCUGACCAUUAGGUCCAGUUGUGGCCAACUCUGGGGUUGUGGCGCCCAUCUUGCUUUAUUGGCCGAGGGAGCCAGCAUACAGCUUCCGGGUCAUGUGGCCAGCAUGACCAAGCCGCUUCUGGCGAACCAGAGCAGCGCACGGAAACACUGUUUACCUUCCUGCCAGAGUGGUACCUAUUUAUCUACUUGCACUUUGACGUGCUUUUGAACUGCUAGGUUGGCAGGAUCUGGGACCGAGCAACGGGAGCUUACCCCGUUGCGGGGAUUCGAACCGCUGACCUCCUGAUUGGCAAGUCCUAGGCUCUGUGAUUUAACCCAUUGCCACCCGCGUCCCAUCUCUAUGGGUUACAAGCCUGUAAAAGACUCUAAAACAAUCCUUUUCAAAUGCUUUCCUCCUCUCCCCAGUCUGCGACAGCUGUUUAUUCAGAAACCAUGUUAGGAGGGAGGAAGCGGGAGAGAUUGGACAAAUAAGAGAGUAUUUUUUUCCUUCCUUGCUUUUCCUUUUGCAAGGUUUCAGGGGGUUUUCCUGGGGUAAAAAUUCUGUGGUCAGGAAUGCAUUAGAAUUUUCCCCAUAGGAAUCAGUGGAAAUCAUCGACUUGUCAUGUGAAUGCUUGCCCAACAAAAGAUUUCCUGAGAAUGCAUCAUGUUUUGGAUAGCGAGAUCCUGUGCAUUUUGUUGUAUUGCAGUUUGAAUUCUAUACUAUAAAAUACAAUAUAUAAGAAAUAGAAGAACUGAUGGAAACACAAUUGAGAGCCAUACAGUAUCUAGCACAGUGCAUUACAAUGGCUACAACAGGCAGAAAAAUCAUUAGGUGGUCUGCCAAGUCCACCUGCAAUUUUCAAGGGGUCUGCGUAGAACACAUCGAGUUUCCAUUCAUGCUGGAGGAAAGAAAGCAAAUGGCGUGGAUCCUGGUAGUAUUUUCUGCAUUUGCAACUGGCGGUACUGUAAUUCCACAGCCUGAGAAUUGUCAGCCUUCAUUUGAAAAAGCAAGUGUGCAGUCCUCAUGGAUGUGAGGACAAGCCUCAAAAGAUGCAGGCUGUGACUGAUGUAAUCUUGGAACCAGGAGAUUCUAGUGAUCAGGAGGAGACAGCUCUUUUUAUCCUUCCUCAUAAUCAGUGGAAGCAGAAUAAUUUAUUGAGAUGGCGACACAUCUGCUUCAUUUGGCAAACAGAUGCUGGCCAUGGAAUUCCCAGUGAGAAAUGUGUCAUUUAUUAAGCAUGAAUAGGCCCUGGCUCUUACGAAGACCAUUGUCUAUAUUUUUAGAAUUCAUUCCUGCUGAUUCACAGUGAUCGGAAUGCGAUGGAUUGAUUUCUACGGUGGUGUUUUCCUUAUAAUGAGGGCGGCUAUCAUGCGACAGUCUGAGUUUAUAAAGAGUCAUGAUCUGCCGGUUAUCUACAUUAAAAAAACCCCAAAACACUUUACUCAGGAAAGAAGCUUGCGGCAAGUUUUUCACAUGAUUAAUUGUCGCUCCUUGACCAUCUUGUGAAUCCACAGACAGGAAUGUGUUGGAUGGAGGUAAAAAGAAUCUGAAUUGAAAGUGAGUCCCACUGAAUUCAGGGAAGUUACGGCCCCCUAUUUGCGUGGAAAUCAUGAGUUCAGUGGGACUCGCUUCCCACUGCAAUCUUAUCUCUUAGCCCCAAAAGAGCGUCUAGGGUUGAGUCUUUGUUCUUAAGUGUCCUCCAGAUGUUUUGGACUUCUGUGCUGACCGGGGCUGAUAGGCGUCCAAAACAUCUGGAUGGCAGCAGGUUGAGGAAGUCUGCCCUCCAUGAAACUAAGGCUGCAGUUCUGUGUGUGCUCUUCCCUUGGAGCAAGCUGGACCGAACACAGCUGGACUGGUUUCCAAGUCAGUCUGCGUAAGACCAGGCUUGCAUAAUCCUACAUGCACUUUCUUGUGUGUUAGGUUCCACUGAAAUUAGUGGGAUUUACUUCCAAGGAAAUAUGCAUAGUGUUGCGCUGUGUUCCUCAAUCUGUGUCACUCCAUGUGCUUAAAUUCAUUGCUGGCCAUUCUUGUUUUUCACAUUUCUUUGUCCUCUCUUAACGCUGAAAUUUAAACAGUAAGUUUUGCAAAGCCUCGUCUAAAUAAUGUUUUGCAAUAAUAAUAAUAAUAAUAAUAAUAAUAAUUUAUUAUUUCUACCCCUCGCCCAUUUGGCUGGGUUUCCCUGGUCACUCUGGGCGGCUUUCAACAGAGCAUUAAAAACAGAAUAAAACUUCAAACAUUAAAAACUUCCCUAAGCACUGGAGGUAGCCAACCCGGUGCCCUCCAGUUUUUGGGGACUACAGCUCCCAGCAUCCUUGACCUCUGGCCAUGUUGAGUGGGGCUGAUGGGAGUUGUAGUCCAAAGAAUCUAGAGGCUUUCACUUGGGCUACCCCUGCCUUAUGCAAUAACAGUAAAGGCGCACACUGCGAAUGUUGAGAGAGCUACAAAAAGUGGACCAUAGCCAGUUUUGGGUGAACUUCCCUGCUCCUGUUAGAUUCUUGCAAAAAGUGCUAAACUUUGUAGACCUUGCUCUGCUCUAGCAAGACACUCCUGUGUUCUUAAGCAAGAGGAUAUAGCAAGCUCAUGCUCUGGUUAGUUACGCUGUUUUCUAUUAAGAGAUUUUCACGUCGUGUCCUUUGCUUUGGAAAUUUGCAUCAUGUUUGUUGACUGUCAGCAUUCUAGUAAAGAAAUUAUGAGUAGGCCUACUCUUGGCAGGCCUGGUCCUAGCUAAGCUUACUGAAGAAGGAAGUCCCAUAUAUUUCCGUGGACUUCUAAACAGAGGAAUGAUGCAAAGACAGUGUAAGAAAAGGAAGUUAAGUCUAGCAGAGGGGUUAGAAAGCAUCUCUUUGGCUUUGAAAUGUGGAGUUGCAGGGGGAGCAGGGAGAUAAAGCAUCUUUGACUUUAUGGCCACCUUGUGCUGAUUUUAUUGAACAAGAUUUAUAUAUAUAAAAAACCCUCUGUCCUCUUAAGUUACUGGCUGGCUGUUCUCUUUUGCAGUUGCACUGUCUCCCCUGUUUCCCAAGACUUUAAUGCUGGGUCUGGAAAUCCGAGUGAAGGUCUCUGAUUAUGUGCGGGACAGGAUCCAGUCUCUGAGAGCAUCUCACCCCGGGCAGUUCCAGAACAUCGGCUGCAUCCGCAGCAAUGCCAUGAAACACCUGCCCAACUUUUUCCGCAAGGGGCAGGUGAGUUUCCAAAGAGUGUCUCUCCCCAUUUGGAGUUUUAAAAAUUAUUUGUGUACACACUUUUAAAGACACCUGUGACGCUCCUGCCCUGGACAGUUGAGGUUCUCGCUGUUUCCUCCGAAAGAGAAACCUCUGUCAUCUGUUGCUGCUUUUUCAUGGAUCUUUAGGGUAGAUCCUUGUGUUUUUUAAAAAAACAAUGUCCCAUACAAAAUUGCUUUGUCCUGUCAGACUGUUGGUGAUAUCUAUUACAGAGAUGAGGUAUCUGUGGCCCUCUGACUGUUGCUGGACUCUGGCAUUUAAAGCAUGUGGCUUCCCUCAGAGAAUCAUGGGAACUGUAGUUCACUCUCACCCCCUCAGCGCUACAGUUCCAGCAACCCUUAACAAACUACAAAUCCCACAGUUCUUUGGGGGAAAUAUGGUUUGUGCACGGUCUAUAAUUCCCACCAUGGCCAGUGGUCAGGGAUAUUGGGAGCUGUAGUUCAACAUCAGGAGGCCCAUAGGCUUCUCAUCCCUGCUCUAGUCUAAUGGUUCACCCAGGUUUCAGUGAGGUCCUCCCCAGCUGUGAUGCCCAAGGUUUUGUUUACCUGGCGGUGCAUCCAGAGUUUGAUUCUGGAGCUUUCUACAGGCAGAAUGGGUGACUUCCCGCUGAGUGCCAGUCUCAUUCCUUUGGGGACAAGGGUCAUUGAUGAAUGCUAAUCCAGUUUUUACCUAGGGUUUUAAUAGGUCAUAAGAUUAUACGGUAACUAUAUUUGUAAUGUCUUUUUGUCGGUGUUUGUCCUUUGAUGCUAUGGCCUGUUGGCUACGCAAAUAAAUAAAGUCCUGAAGAGUCCUUCCCUUCCCUUUGGGGACAGGAGGGAGACAACAAAGACUUUGUUGGCCCUGGAUAUUCCCUAGCCAGGCCAAAUGCAGAUUAGGGGUUAUGUUUAAUUUGCAGGCUGCUGACAGGCUAAUGUCUUCCAUUCUUUCUGGUGGUGAGGCAUCUCUUUCUUGUUCUUUUUCGCAUAAAAUCCAGCUGCGCAAAAUGUUUUUCCUCUUCCCUGAUCCUCACUUCAAGAAGACAAAGCACAAAUGGCGGAUUAUCAGCACCACUUUGCUGGCAGAAUACGCCUAUGUUCUGCGCGAGGAGGUGAGUGCAUUGCUCUCGAGGGGGGUGUAGCCUCUUCCGAGCCCCUUUCAAAAGGAAGGCAUCAGGUUUGUUUGUCUGCCGCUUUUCUGUGGCAGAGCCAUGCUCAGAGCAGCUCACAAACACCCUACAGAAUAAAAUGCAACAACAUUUCAAGGCAAGAACCAAAAGAGACAGACAAUUUAGGCCAAAAGCACACUAAUAUCAAUAGGUCAAACAAACAUCUCACAUUAAUAAACACUGAAUGCAAAACAUUUUCCAUCUACUGCAAGGGCAAUAAUAAUAAUAAUAUUAAUUUAUUAUUUCUACCCCGCCCAUCUAGCUGAGUCUCCCCAGCCACUCUGGGCGGCUCCCAAUCAAAUGUUAAAAACAGUACAGCAUUAAAUGUUAAAAACUUCCCUGAACAGGGCUGCCUUCAGAUGUCUUUUAAAGAUAGGAUAGCUGCUUAUUUCCUUCACAUCUGAAGGGAGGGUGUUCCACAGGGUGGGCGCCACUACCGAGAAGGCCCUCUGUCUGGUUCCCUGUAACCUCACUUCUCGCAAUGAGGGAACCGCCAGAAGGCCCUCGGCGCUGGACCUCAGUGUCCGGGCUGAACAAUGGGGGUGGAGACGCUCCUUUAGGUAUACAGGACCGAGGCCAUUUAGGGCUUUAAAGGUCAGCACCAACACUUUGAAUUGUCCUCGGAAAUGUACUGGGAGCCAAUGCAGAUCUCUCAGGACCGGUGUUAUGUGGUCCCGGCGGCCACUCCCAGUCACCAGUCUAGCUGCCGCAUUCUGGAUUAAUUGCAGUUUCUGGGUCAUCUUGAAAGGUAGCCCCACGUAGAGCGCAUUGCAGUAGUCCAAGCUGGAGAUAACUAGAGUAGUUUUUGUUUGUUUGGUUGGUUGGUUGGUUGUUGUUUUUUGCAAUAUCUCCCAUAUGUCUACGAACAUCUCUGGUGGUCAUUUGCAGUCUAAGAAGUGCAGGGGAAGAAGCAGUAACUUUUGUGACACUUCCUUGCUGGAGGGUAUUAUUACUUAGCAUACACAGCCAAGCGUCCGUUGUGGGGAUCCUGUGGCCUGCCAGAAGUCGCUGAACUACAACUCCCAUCAGCCUCGGUGAGCAUUGUCAGUGGCUGGGAAUAAUGGCCGUUGUAGUUCAGCAAGAUCUGUCAGUUUGCAUUUCUUAGUGCAGAAAGUAUUGAUCUGAUGUGUAGAGAUCUUUCCUAUUCUCAUUAAUUCAAGAGGGUUCUGGAAGCUUCUCUGUGAAAGAAACAAGCAGAAGGGUCAUGAUGUUUGGGUUAUACCUUCAGAGAAGCAGAGUUGUUCUUGUUUAGUUGUUUAGUUGUGUACGACUCUUCGGGACCCCCUGGACCAGAACACGCCAGGCACUCCUGCCUUCCACUGCCUCCCGCAGUUUGGUCAAACUCAUGCUGGUAGCUUCGAGAACACUAUCCAACCAUCUCGUCCUCUGUCGUCCCCUUCUCCUUGUGCCCUCCAUCUUUCCCAACAUCAGGGUCUUUUCCAGGGAGUCUUCUCUUCUCAUGAGGUGGCCAAAGUAUUGGAGCCUCAGCUUCACGAUCUGUCCUUCCAGUGAGCCCUCAGGGCUGAUUUCCUUAAGAAUGGAGAGGUUUGAUCUUCUUGCAGUCCAUGGGACUCUCAAGAGUCUCCUCCAGCACCAUAAUUCGAAAGCAUCAGUUCUUCGGCGAUCAGCCUUCUUUAUGGUCCAGCUUUCACUUACAUACAUCACUACUGGGAAAACCAUAGCUUUAACUAUACGUACCUUUGUUGGCAAGGUGGUAUCUCUACUUUUUAAGAUGCUGCCUAGGUUUGUCAUUGCUUUUCUCCCAAGAAGCAGGCGUCUUUUAGUUUCGUGGCUGCUGUCACCAUCUGCAGUGAUCAUGGAGCCCAAGAAAGUAAAAUCUCUCACUGCCUCCAUUUCUUCCCCUUCUGUUUGCCAGGAGGUGAUGGGACCAGUGGCCAUGAUCUUCGUUUUUUUGAUGUUGAGCUUCAGACCAUAUUUUGAGAAGCAGAGUACAGCUGACUUAAACUGGUUCUCUUAUCUCUUCUGUUAAGAUCAUGUUGGCUGUAAAAGUAGGACUAGAAGGAGCCAGAGUUACACUUUCACCUUCUGUCUCUUCCUUCUGAUGUGGUGUUCUGUACAUAGAUAGUGUUAAGGUUUAGUCUUAUUAUAAGUUAUUGUAAGUUAAGUCUGCUGCAACUAGAUUUCUUAUGGGCAGUGCCAAUCCUUUAUGUAUUGGAUUUGUGACCAUUAUACUCAUUUGCCUUCAGUGGGAGUAAAGCUCUGCUGAAUGGAAUAUUAAUUGCCUCUGGUCUAUUUUUUGGGAAUCCUGCAACGUGUUUUAAGUUUUUACUCUGCUAACUAUACGUUGGAAUCUGCUCUGGAUCAAUAUUGAGUAGAAUUCCAUUUUCUGGAUGACCUCUGUCUGAGAGGUGAGCCGCUACCAGCCAGAGUAGACAGGUAAUCUGACCAGGUAAUAAAGCAGCUACCUAGGAUUGGGCUAGCAGUCCAUGAGACCUGGGAGCAUGCCCUGGAACCACCCCAAUCCCCAGGUAUUUCUCCAGGACGUCAGGCUUCUGAGGCAGAUGCAUGGGGGUUCCGUGGCAGCUGAGAUUGGCGAGCGAUGGGCUCCAUGAAGAGGGACAGUGAAGGUUUCGGAGUUGCCUCUCUAGGGCUGCGUUGCGCCACAGAGGUCUCUGUCUAGACAUUCCCUUCCACCUCAGCAUUCCAAGAGGAUGUGUGAACGGAGGAGGAAUGUGUCUGCCCUCCGGCUUAGACGCCCUUCUGUACUAAUUCCGCCGAUCCCAAGUACUUCCUGAGGAUAGGCCUUCCCAGAGUAAGCUACGCCAUCUUCAUACUCCAGAAAUAAUCACUCUCUUUUAUCAAAACUCCAGGUGCGUCAUUGUGCCCUGGAGCCUAGGGAAAAACAAGACGCUCUGGAUCGCUUGGGAAUUUCACUCCCAAGAUUUAGGGACAGGUGCUAAUUAGUGCUGAAGGCAACACUCUUCUCCCAGCUCCUAGCAAGAGGCUUGUGCUGGCAAACUUCCUGGCAGCCGAGCGAGCAUUGCGCCACUUCCAGCCCCUGACUUUGUCCUGGCAGCUUCUCCCCAGGGCACCCUGGCUGACUCUCCUUUCACCUGCCAGAGGGGUGGGCGGGAAAGAUGGAGAGCAUCCUUGCUGCUGCUGUUUCUUGCGUCCCCGUUUUUGGGGUUGGACGCAAAAGGGAGCCAGUCUUUGUGAUGAAUCAGCACCAGGCCUCACCCAGAGUCAGCGUGAGUCACCCCACAACUCUCCAGGUAGCUUUCCCAAGGCUAAGGAGGAGUCUGGCACAGCGCAAGAGGCGGCAGCGCAGCAGCGCCCUCAAGAAUCGUGACGGCUGCAAUUGCUGAGCCCUAGGCUGCAAGGAAGUUGGGGCUUCAGAAUACCCAGUAAUUACUCCUUUUCGGAAAUGAGCCCGGGAUCCAACUUUGAACAGGAAGCUUCCAGUGGUUUGGGAAAAUCUUUUUCUGCUGAAAACCUUCCCCCUCCAUUUGCAUUGGAAUAUUUUGCCCCAACCCCAAAUAGCAAACUGUUCUGGCUUCUGUCCCAUGUAAAGGUAAAGGGGGACCCCUGCCCAUUAGGUCCAGUCGUGGCCGACUCUGGGGUUGUGGCGCUCAUCUCGCUUUAUUGGCUGAGGGAGCCGGCGUACAGCUUCCGGGUCAUGUGGCCAGCAUGACUAAGCCGCUUCUGGCGAACCAGAGCAGCGCACGGAAACGCCGUUUACCUUCCCGCUGGAGCAGUACCUAUUUACCUACUUGCACUUUGACGUGCUUUCGAACUGCUAGCUUGGCAGGAGCUGGGACUGAGCAACUGGAGCUCACCCCAUCGCAGGGAUUUGAACUGCUGACCUUCUGAUUGGCAAGUCCUAGGCUCUGUGGUUUAACCCACAGCGCCACCCGCAUCCCUCUCUGUCCCAUGUAGUGCUAAGUAGUUGUCCCGUCAGCUUUUCUGCUUGCACAGUGGGACUUGCCCAUCUUUCCCCCCACACCAUAAGCACCCCCAGAUCUGUCCUGGGGCUUUCUCCAACCCUCCAGAUCAGAUUUGGGGAGGCGGGGAAUCCCGUUACGCAAAGGGAAUAGAGAGAGUCCUCUGCAUCUUGCUCCUUGUAACAUCUCCCUUAUCUCUUCCAGGGGCUUGUCUACACCAUCACAGAUGUGGAAGAGGUGCACAGGUGGAUGGUGAAGCAUUUCAGGGAACACCCGCUUUUUGAGCAGGUGUCCUUGAAAGAACUGGUGAGUGCAAGGGAGCGUGCACAUCCGUGCAAGUGCAUCAUCUCUGAUGUAAGGGUUUUUUGCAGUUCCAGACAGGCUUUCGAAGCAACCUGCAUGAAAACGUUUCGUAAUUCUCCCAGCCUGCUCUCUUGGAAUUAGGUCACCGCCCAAUGAACUUCCAGGUUCCAGAUAUAGCCUCUGAGGAAACCGCCCCAGUGACACAUCGGCACUUGCACUUGCAAUCUUAAAUUUCAGCACUUGUUAAAAGUAUACAGACCUAAAGAGGAGUAAAAUGCAAUAAACAUGUAAGGGAUGGCUGGAGCCGAAUAAAUGCAUAAACGUUUCAUGGCAUUAAUCUUACAUGUGCAUGCCUAGAAGUCAGUCCUACUGAGUUGAGUGGGGUGUCUGCUCCUUGCUAAGUGUGCACAGGAUUGCACCCUUCAACACAGAUGUAUAAAACAGACCCAGAAGUAAAGUUAUUAAUCCACAAAAGUCUUACUCUUUCUGCUGCACGUGUUCAUUAACUUAUAGGAAAAACGAGAGACAUGUCCUGUUCUAAAGCUUCCCCACCCUGUCAUUUGGGAAUAGCUGGACUGAUCCUGCCCCCUCCCACCCCAUCUUCACCCUGAGCCAACCUGUUCUUAGUUGCCCCGUAGUCCAAGCUUUGAUGUACCAGUUAAGGCAGAUUAACAUCACCAUCCCAAUGAAACGCCACUGCAGCAGCCCCCAAAUUCUAUAGAGCAGAACAACAGUAUGGAUGUGUGCCGCUCCAGCCCUGAUCGUUUAAUACAGGGAACGCCAAAAGUCAUCAGUGCCGAGGUGAGAAGCCACAACUGAAAGCCGAAGUGAAAUGCAGAGAUGAAAACAGCUUCCAUGGUUUUAAGAGGACUAGCGAAAUAAAAAGAGGUGUUAAAAGUCAGCAGUGGGCGAGUCUCUCUGGAGGAGGGCAUUCCCCGACUGGAUGGGAGCCCUGCUUAAAAGGCCCUCUUCCGUUUUGCCACUGUGAUCUCAGGUUGUGGAAGUCCUUGAAGUUCAGUUAUUCCCCUUUACACUCUGUUGUGGUUAACAUUUUUCUGUUGGGGUGCAACCAAGGGAACGGGCAAUUUGCAAGCCCCCAGGUGUCUCCAGCACAAACAGAAGUGGCAGGAGACGGCUGUGAGAGCAUAUCUAGAAGCAGUUUAUUCAGCAUAAAGGAAAAGGUAAAGGUACCCCUGCCCGUACGGGCCAGUCUUGACAGACUCUAGGGUUGUGCGCUCAUCUCACUCUAGAGGCCGGGAGCCAGCGCUGUCCGCAGACACUUCCGGGUCACGUGGCCAGCGUGACGAAGCUGCUCUGGCGAACCGGCACCAGAGCAGCACACGGAACGCCGUUUACCUUCCCGCUAUAAAGCGGUACCUAUUUAUCUACUUGCACUUAAGGGUGCUUUCGAACUGCUAGGUGGGCAGGAGCUGGGACCGAACAACAGGAGCUCACCCCGCCGCGGGGAUUCGAACCGCCGACCAUGCGAUCAGCAAGUCCUAGGCGCUGAGGUUUUACCCACAGCGCCACCCGCGUCCCUUUAUUCAGCAUACAUCAGGACAAAGGAAAAACAUGUCUUCUCCCUUCGUGUCCAAGAGCAAGCAGCAAAAGCAAUAGCAAACCGGAAGUUCCCAGCAAGCUGUGCUGGAGUGUAAACAGACAUGAGACACACAAUAGUCAUGCCUGUAAUUAAGGUGGAACGGAAUAUCAAUAUCCUAACAUUUUCAACCUGAGAGAGGCAUUAAAGGUUGGCCCAAAAGGCCGGCGAAUGUGCCCAAACUUGCCACAGAUGCAGGCAUAUAACACUCUCGGACACAAACACACAACUCGUCCAUGCUGUAGUGCAGGACUGAGAGGAGAGCUGUAAAUUUCUUGGUCCACUGCUAUUGUGGGAUAAUUUCCCCUUUUGGGGGUGUAUGUGCAGAAAAUUGCCUGGUGGAGGUAGGAGCCCAGUCUUCCUUCCCGCCCUGGUAAGGUCAAGGACCCCUGGACGGUUAAGUCCAGUCGAAUUUGACUGUGGGGUGCAGCGCUCAUCUCCGUUUUCAGGCUGAGGGAGCCAGCAUUUGUCCACAGGCAGCUUUGUGUGUGCACCUUUUAUUUCCCCACUCUGUGCAACUUAGUCCUAGAUGGAUAGUUUCAACUUCCACAAGGUGAAAGAGAAGUUCUCCCAGUGCUGUGUGUGUUUGUGCGUUGUGACCGUCCUUUUUUAAUAAGCAGCCACACCUCCUCCUCUCCCAACAGGCCAGUGAUCCUAUCGUCGGCCUCCUGGACACCUCAACUGAGGAAGGGAAGAAGGUCCAGAGGAACGGAGGCAAGACCUUCCCGGCUGUCUUUCGGCGCAUCAGGGACAUCACAGAGGAACAGGAAGCGCCAGGAUCAUGACCGGGGAAUUUCCGGGGCCUGAGAAAAUUCACGUCGUCCCAACUCGUGUGUCGAAAGGGAGGUGUUGGGGGCAGGGAUUGCAUCAAGAGUGGGACAGACUCGAUGCCUCUGGUCACGCUGGGGUCAGCCUUCUAUUAACACAGCUGGGGAUUCCCCUUCUGGGGUAACUCGGCUGAACAGUUGAGUAAGGGAUUGCCUGCUUUGUUUGCUUCUUGUUUUGCCCGUAGAAGGACGGGGGUGCCUGGUCCCAGCUAUACUGGGGUAAGCAUCAGCCUCACGUAGCAGGAUGAGUGAUCUGGGAGGUGCUUCCCAAUCCAUUGAACCAUCAGUCACUUUCAUUUUGUGAAUGAAUAAUAAACAGGAAGAAAGAACUAUCAGGCGCUAUGAGUUGUCAGGUCCAGCCUAGCUGCUGAGCUUAGCCCGCAGUUGUGCUUUGGAGCUGCAGUCUUCCAUCUUCUUCCCCAGAUCAGUGCCAGGUGUGAACCCCUGGCUCUUAGGUGUGCGUGUGUGUUAGAGAGAGAGAGAGUCCUUCCACUAUGAGAACCUGUGCCUUUCUUAAAGCAGGCCAUAGAUGUAGCUGGACUGCAUCUCCCCAUACCCAUGCUAUGAAGAGAUCAGCUGGGCUAAGGCAACAUGCACCUAACCCCCAGUGCAGAGAGCCUAAGAUGGGGGAGAUUCUGAAACUGGUCAAUCACCUCUCUUUGAGUACUUCUUGCAAGAAUCAUUCCGUCACUAGUAGCCUGGAUUGUAGGGAAAUGACUGCAGUUGUUAGCCGUGUGCAGUAGGAUAGCUUCUGCACACUCAACUUCUGUAUCUUCCACCCAGGUGAGCAAGAAUAAUGACCAGAGUUCACUUUCCAGCCAGGCAAAGACACUUGAGGAGGUUGUGGAGCAAGGACUGGGGGGGCUGGGAGAGUCCCAUGAGCCAGACAGAGAGGUCCAGAGAGCAUUUGGCCACUGGGCCAAGUGGUUCCCCACGUCUGCUUUUAGCUUACAGGGAACAUGUCAUUGCAAAGAUGCUCCAUAUACCGUAUUUUUUGCACCGUAACACUCACUUUUUUCCUCCUAGAAAGUAAGGGGAAAUGUCUGUGCGUGUUAUGGAGGGAAUGCCUAUGGGUGGCAUGCCUACGGAUUUUCCUCCUCUAAAAACUACGUGCGUGUUAUGGUCGGGUGCAUGUUAUAGAGCGAAAAAUACGGUAUAUACACUUGGAUAUGCCUCUGCCAUGCAUUACAGUGGAACCUCAGGUUGCGAACGUGAUCCGUGCGGGAGGCACAUUCACAACCUGUGCAUGCGCGUGACGCGAUUUGAUGCUUAUGCGCAACGCGCGUUUUAGCGCUUCUGCGCAUGUGCGAGCACCAAAACCCGGAAGUAACUUGUGCCGGUACUUCCAGGUUUGGCGUGAUCUGUAACCCGAAAACACGCAACCCGCAGCAUUCACAACCCAAGGUAUGACUGUAAUAAUUUGCCCAAAGAGAAGUGUGACCUAUAAACUAGGCAAUAUUUUCCAUCGUUGAUUCAACUCUUACAAGUGAGGGGCAGGAUUCCCACCACUGGAAAUCAAAAGCAGCGCCCAUGGAUUUUGCAGGUUUGUUAAAGUACCAAAACCAUUUCAAGCCAGCACCCAUAAGGAAACUUGUUUUUGAGAGCAUCAAAACCCAGGAUGCUCAAGCUACCGUGGAAUUGGGAGAAUAUACAGGGGUGAAUCUUUUCCCGAGGUUCCUUUCUCUCAGUAAAGACAUCGUUUCCUAAGGUGCAUAAAAAGAUCGCUAGGUCUGGAACCUUUGCCACGCUGCGAUAAUGAGUCAUCGCCAAAGGGUAACGCAAGGUGGAUAGGCUGUGCACAUUCACAGAGCACUCCCCAAACUUCAGAGUUGUAUGAGCUAAGCCUGAGUCAUCCUUUUUUUUUACUUGCCUUGUAAGCGGAGCCGGAACAGCCUGUUGUUUCUGCCCCAAGGGUGGUCUGCCUACUUGACAGUAGGAGGGCUGCAGGUUGGGGAGGGAGGUGAACCGCCUUUCCUCGUUGCCAAGUACCUGGUGUGGCAAGCCGGGUAAUUCCUAGCGCACAAGGGAACUUGGAACAGGACACAUCCGGACUGGGAUUUGAUGUCGCCUCCUUCCCCCCCACCCAAUGCUCCAGACACGGGAGUGUGUCUCAUGCUGAUAAGAGGAACCAAGAUGAUGUCACCUGACUUGGGUUUUUAAGGAAAAACCCCUUCCCAGCCCCACAGCUGGAUUUGAUUGGAUGUUUGGGCUAUAGUCCACUGUUUAAAGCAGACACUGUCCUGCAGGGUUAUUUGGCCCAGCAAGCUGAAGCCAGCAUCCCAAGGAUUGUUUAGCGGGGUGACAUCUGUUUGGUCCCAUCGUUUUUUGUCUCCCGACAGAUGUCUCCUGUCGGCAGAGUGGGGGGCUCCUGAGGGGAGGAGGCAGGCAAGGCAGCCUUCCCCAUUCACAGAGGCUGGCUGUGUCAUCCAAACAUACUGGCUCAGAUGAGCUUCAUUAGGGGAAGGAGGGAUUCUUGGGGAAUUUGAAUUUCUGUGGAAUCUGAUGCUAGCAGAUUUUUCAGAAUGUCGUCGUCCUACACAUGUAGCCUUUCUCCAGAUUUUACAAUACCCUUUCUUAGCUUCCCUUGCCCCCCCCCCAAAGUACCAAAAUGCAUGAAAUAAAUUCUGCUGUUUAGAUAUGCAGAUUUUUGAGAUGAGAGUGCGUAAUUAAAAUAUGUAUUUAAAUUUCAAAACAAUGCUGUGUAGUUCUGUUUUUUUUUAGAAAGAAAGCACAGGUAAAUAUGGUACAGUGGUGCCCCGCAAGACGAAUGCCUCGCAAGACGGAAAACCCGCUAGACAAAAGGGUUUUCCGUUUUUGAGUUACUUCGCAGGACGAAUUUCCCUAUGGGCUUGCUUCGCAAGACGAAAAUGUCUUGCGAGUCUUGAGAUUUUUUUUCCGCUCCCCCCCCCUUUAUCUAAGCCGCUAAGCCGCUAAUAGCCUUUUAGCUGCUAAGCCGAUAAGCCGAUAAGCCUUUAAUAGCCGCUAAACCGCUAAUAGCGCUAAUCCGAUAAGCCGCUAAUAGGGUUGCUUCGCAAGACGAAAAAACCGCUAGACGAAGACUCUCGCAGAAGGGAUUAAUUUCGUCUUGCGAGGCACCACUGUAAUGGGAAAGAACAGACUCAGGUCCCAACUGCGCUAUAUAUUUAAAGCAGCAUGAUAUUGCUUUAAGCCGUCGUGGCUUCCCCAAAGAAUCUUGGGGACUUUAGUUUUCCAAGGGUGCUGAGAGUUGUUAGAAUUCCCAGAGUUCCCUGGGACAAUGGAUUGGCUAUUAAACCACUCUGGUAAUUGUAGUUCUGGGGGGGGGGGGGCAGGGGUCUCCUAGCAACUCUCGAACCACAGUUCCCAGGAUUUGGGAGCAGAAGCCACAAUGGUUUAAAGUGGUGUGACACAGCUUUAAAUGCAUAGUGCAAUUGGGGAAAAGAACGGAAUGCGUAUGAAUUUGUUGUGGUCUGGAAAUGGACUGAUCCUUCUGUCUUGAACUAGAAGGGGGAUGUGAGGCCAAGAGAAGUGGCUGCUACAUCAGGGCUAAAUGUACAUGUCUGGAAUAAUUUCAGUUUGCAAAGGGGUAGCCUCACCCACCUACCCCCACUACAAUCCUAUCCUUACUUGAUCCCAAUGGGAUUUAUUUCUGUGUAAAGGUAAAGGGACCCCUGACCAUUAGGUCCAGUCGUGACCGACUCUGGGGUUGUGGCGCUCAUCUCGCUUUAUUGGCCGAGGGAGCCGGCGUACAGCUUCCGGGUCAUGUGGCCAGCAUGAGUAAGCCGCUUCUGGCGAACAAGAGCAGCGCAUGGAAACGCCGUUUACCUUCCCGCCGGAGCGGUACCUAUUUAUCUAAUUAAUAAUAAUAAUAAUAAUUUAUUAUUUAUACCCCGCCCAUCUGGCUGGGCCUCCCCAGCCACUCUGGGCGGCUUCCAAAAAAAUAUUAAAAUAUUGUAAUACAUCAAACAUUAAAAGCUUCCCUAAAUAGGGCUGCCUUCAGAUGUCUUCUAAAACUCUGGUAGUAGUUGUUCUCUUUGACAUCUGGUGGGAGGGCGUUCCACAGGGAGGGUGCCACUACCGAGAAGGCCCUCUGCCUGGUUCCCUGUAACUUGGCCUCUCGCAGUGAGGGAGCUGCCAGAAGGCCCUCGGUGCUGGACCUCAGUGUCCGGGCUGAACGAUGGGGCUAGAGACGCUCCUUCAGAUAUACUGGACCGAGGCCAUUUAGGGCUUUAAAGGUCAGCACCAACACUUUGAAUUGUGCUCGGAAACGUACUAGGAGCCAAUGUAGAUCUUUCAAGACCGGUGUUAUAUGGUCUCGGCGGCCGCUCCCAGUCACCAGUCUAAUUGCACUUUGACGUGCUUUCGAACUGCUAGGUUGGCAGGAGCAGGGACCGAGCAACGGGAGCUCACCCCGUCAUGGGGAUUCGAACCGCCAACCUUCUGAUCGGCAAGUCCUAGGUUCUGUGGUUUAACCCACAGCGCCACCCGCAUCCCUAUUUCUGUGUAGACAGGCCCUUAUAGGAUGCCAGUGCUUCAAGAUGAAGGAAUCCCUGGCGUUGCCCCUAACAUAGAACGUGGGUCCGUUUAGUGUCUGUGGCUAUGAUUUACUCACUUAAAACUUUUACAUUCUGCCUUUCCAUUGAAAAACAAGAGAUCCACAAGGUGAUGGACAAAUAUUAAAACCCAAUAGGAUGUGACUAAGGACUCAACUAGAUCUCGCAAUAAUCGUCCGACUUGACAUUUGUGUGGUUAGUUUAUCUCCAGCCAUGGGGGAAGCCCCUUCAGAUGCAGGAACGUUCUGUGGGGGAGAGGGAAGAUAUUUAACCCUUUGCCUUUGCUGCGGCCCUGAUCCAGAUCAGCUAGCACAUCAGAAAAGCGAAAGGUGUCAAGGCUCUUUACUUCAGACCAGAGCAGGCAGCCCAAACCAGCAAGUCUAUGAGGAAUUAACGGCUACUUUCAUUUUAGCUCAGUCUUCCAAUGACAUGGACUCUCAUCCUAUUGUCUACACCCCUGGGAUCAAUGGGGUUUGCUUCCCAAGAAGUAAAAAUAGGAUUGUAGCUUUUCUUCAUGGCGAUUGAUUGAUUGAUUUGUUGUAGCCAGAGUAUCCUGACCUAAGUUCUUGUUGUGGUGAUAAACCUGUUUCUGAGUUGAACUACAUCAGACUACAUACAGGUGCUCACAUGAAUGAAAGGCCCUCAGUAUUCAGUCUGGGCUUGGGAGGAAAAAAUGUAUAUAAAGGCAAAGCAAUUUGGAAAGGAAACAGCUGAUUUCUAUAGAAGAGAGGCAGACACAUAAUCCCACUGCACACACAGAAAGCUAGUAUGUUAAGAGAAAGUGGUUCGCUGUAGCCUAGGACUAGAUUAACUUUCCGUGCAGAGGGAAAUUUUUGUGUGGAGAAGCAUUUGUGAAGCUUGAUCUGAAGUAAUGUAGCUCAGAUACACAGUGAAAACAAGCCAUAAUAUUACGAGCUGCAAGGAAACCCCAAAGAUCAAUGAAAACGCCUCUCCUGUGGGGGUGAGGGAAUAUUUUAACAUCAUUUUAAACUGAUCUUUGCAAUGGCCAGUGGUUAUGCAAUGCACUGAAGGGCUGUUUUGAUUAAAUAGACCUACCAAUGAAUUGUUAAUAUAUUCCAGUUAAUAAAUAAGGCUUUGGCCAAAGCAGGUAUCUGACCAGCAUCCCAUGGGAUAGACAACAAUUCAGUUACAAACGGCCAUUGAAAUUAUUCUUCCCUGGCUAAUAUUAUAUGCAUGUACUGAUUUCCCCCUUCAUUGUCAUGUCAUGCAAUUGUGUGACCCCAAGACUGUGGAAAUUAA